AUGGUCAUGAGCAACCUUCAAGGUGUUUCUGGACCACAGGGAUCAGGAAACUGCUCAGAUGUUCCCAACUUGCCAGAUGCAGAGAAGACAAGAGUGAAAAAAAGAUGGUCUUUCAUAACUCGAAUAUUCCACAGGGCCUCGGUGCCCCAGCACGACCAAGUUUGCACAUCCCUGCCAGUCACUAAGCGAGGAAAACUCUUUGGAAAUGAUCUUGCCAUUAUUUGUGAGGAUGGAAAUCUUCCUAAAGCAAUUCUGGAUAUGUUCUCACUUAUCAAUGAAAAAGGACCAAGCACUGACAGUAUCUUCAGGCUAUCAACCAAUAUGUCAGCAUGCCACGCCCUAAAAGACAAGCUGGAUUCUGGGACAAAGGUGAACAUGAACAAGGAAGAUGUUCACGUAGUGGCAUCUGUCUUAAAGGAGUUUCUUCGUAGUAUCCAAGGAAGUGUGUUGACAUCUAGACUGUAUGACAUAUGGCUUGGUGUCCUUGACCAAAGGAAUGAAGAGGAGAAACUAGCUGCAGUGCAGAGUCUUUUAGAGCAGCUGCCCCACCCAAAUGUCAUUCUCUUGAGACAACUUUUCAGAAUGUUACACAAAAUACACAGAAAUUCUGCAGUUAAUCAGAUGACCGCUUACAGUUUAUCUGUUUGCAUGGCCCCAAGUAUCCUAUGUCUGCCUAGUUCCUGCAGCUCUGGAUUAGCAAAUGACAUCUCGAAUGAGGUUUCCCUUAUAAAAUUUCUCAUCGGAAACAGUCUAAAAAUAUUUGGAGAAGACAUGGCUUUAUGCUCUCAGGCCAUCUCACUGUCUUGCCCUGAUGUAGAGAAAGCAUCAUGUUCCCUAAACAAUAUAACUUACUUUGGUGAGACAGCGGACAAGGAAUAUCAAGAUAACCGCUGUCGAAGUGGGAGGUCAUGCCCUACAGGCAAGGAUCCAGUGACCAUAAGUCCAGCUGUUCCUCUUCACAAUGAGGGGACUAUAGAAUCUGAGAAACCUGUCAAAAGACAAAUGAUUACAAAACCAAUGAUUACCUGUGGCUCUGGUACCAGCCAUGACAAUGUGUGUAUGACCCCAUCCCCAUCAGCACCAAACAAGGGACACCUCUUUGGAAAGUCUCUCAAGAGUAUCUGUAAGGAUGGUAAUCUGCCUGCUCCAAUUUUGGAUAUGCUCUCUCUCAUCGAUGAAAAAGGACCAAACACAGAAAGAAUCUUCAGAACGUUAGCUAAUAAAUCAUACUUCACCUUAAAACAAAAGCUUGACUCUGGAGAGGAAAUUAACUUGAGACAGGAAUCUGUUUAUGUUGUAGCAUCUGUCAUAAAGGAAUUUAUUAGGAAUAUCCAAGGAAGCUUACUUUGUUCUAAUCUGUAUGGAAAGUGGCUUGAUGUCCCUCAUCAAGAAUCCCAUGAUCAAAAGAUUUCUGCUAUACAAAGUCUUUUAAAACAGAUGCCAGAACCCAACGUCCUUCUUGUGAGACACCUCCUCAGUGUGCUGCAUAAGAUUAAAAGUCGCGCUUCUGUUAAUCAUAUGACGGCUUAUGCCCUAUCAGUUCUCAUAGCUCCAAGUAUGCUUUGGAAUUAUACCCCCUUGAAAUCAGAGUUUGGGAAUGAUCUCUCACAAAAGAAACGACUGCAGGAGGAGGGUGACAAGCAGCAUCUGGAUGGCCAAAUAACUUUUGGAUGA